AUACGUGUGCGGCUUGGUUGAAGUUGCUUGUUAAAACGCCAUGCAUUGCAUGGUUAUUUCAUCGGACUUACCGUGGUAAAUGUGCAAUAACAACACAAAAUAGUGAUGAACAGGCAACUUUCCCGAGCCGCGCAUACGUAUCAGGUGCCCGCGCAAUUUUUAUGGUGCCUAAUGUAUGACGAGUUGUGCAUAUCUAUUUUGUUUAGUCAGUUUCUGUCUGUUGACCCGAAGUCAUGAUGUUCACGAACAAAGCGAGGAUGACCACACUACUCGUCAUCUGCGUCCUAACAAUGGUGUUCUACAUCGGAGUUCAUCAAGGGCGCGUCAGUGAAUACGUGAAGAUUGCAUUGGGCUACAUCAACGAUGACGUCAAUCCCCCAGAUGUUAUGACCAGAAACGGAACAUUAUUCGAACGUCAACCCGUCCAACAAAUUGGCACCGGCAUCGCAAAAAUCGACGCUGAAGAAGAAACAGUGCACGAAAGAAGCGACGUAGUUGGAGUCGGUGGGACCAUGAUCGAUUUAGAGACUGCCGAGCCAAAAGAGCUGAUGAAUCGGAUGGUGAUAGUGACUGCGACAUCGCAGAAUCAUUUGAAGGAAUCGAAGGGAAUGAUCGGGAGCGUGCAGGAAUUCCUGCCAAACACAAGAAUCGUAAUGUACGACCUGGGCCUGACUCCAAGUGGUAUCAAAGAGGUGCGGCGUCUUUGCAAUGUAGAACUUCGACCGUUUGAUUUCAGCAGGUACCCGUCACACGUCAGGAAUCUCUUAAAAUUCGCCUGGAAACCGCUUAUCAUUCAGGAGGCGUUGAAUGAGUUUGGCAUCGUCUUUUGGUGCGACGCGUCAGCGCGAUUCAAGAGAAAUCCACUGGUCCUGUUCUCAUUGCUUAAAGAGCAACACGGCUUCAUGAGCGAAGUCGUUCAGUACAAACCUGAUUACAUGCUGAUUCGUACUCACCCUAAGAUGUUUGAGGCACUAGGCAUAGACAGGGAGAAAUUCAAGAAGGACGACGGCUACGCCAUGUGCAUCGAGGCCAACCGCCUGCUGUUUGUGAACAGCGCCCUUGUGCGAAGGAACAUCAUCGAGCCUUGGGUGGACUGUGCACUUAGGCCCGCCUGCAUCGCCCCGAAUGGGAGCGUCAUACGGCAAUUCAUGGCGGGACCAAAGCUGUACACGCACCGUUUUGAUGAGGCCGCACUCGCCCUAAUCAUCUACAAGAAUCUGAGGGGUGUGUUCAAGGAGCAAAAUGACCGGUCGGAAUUGUUUCAUGACGUUGUCAAACUGUCCCGUUCCAGUCAAGGCUACGAAAAGGCGAAGGUCUGCAAAAGCUUAGCUACCAUACUCGAAUGAAUAUUCAUCCAGAACACUUUCUUAAAGUUACAUGACAUGUUGUGCGCUUGGACUAAGUUAAAAUAUGGGUUUAGAAGAAGUACAUUAAUCGUAAAACAUUCUAGGGUAAGCAAAGCAACUUGACUCAAGCCAGAUUGAAAUCUAUAUACGAACUAAAAUCGUACUGUUUAGGCCAAAAAAAAAGUCUCCGGUUUCUGGUAUGGAGCUUGCCCAAAAAGUGGUGCGGU